UUGACAGAAGAGGAGACAUACUGCGCGUUUUCAUGAUGUUUCUCGACAGAACAGCUCGAACGCUCACCUGUCUUCUCCUCAUCGUGAUGGCAGGAGCAGAGGUGCAGGAGACCCUCUCACCUGACUGCAAACAGUUCCUGUACAUGGGCACGCUGCCUCGAGGGCUGGAGGAGAAGCCUUUUAAGAAGAUCUGCCAGUUCUACAUGGGCUCCCCCCGGUUUGUCACCCUGUAUGACACCUUCAACCACAUCCCUGUUUAUUCUGCGUACACGUUCAAGCGUUCGGAUGGUUCCAAGAAGGUCGAUGUUCCUUGGAUGUAUGAGCCACAGCUUUCCACAGCAUCCGGCUCCAGAGAGAUGGAGACGUUUCCUUCAGAGUACGUCCAUAAGAGUUUUGAGGAUGCUCAGGCCGUGCUCGACGACUACUCUGACAGUGUCAUCUUUGAACGCGGUCAGCUGAAUCCAGACGAGCACCAGGCCGACCCCAACGACAAAGCGUCCACCUACACUCUGACAAACGUGGUCCCUCAAGUCCGAGAGUUCAACAUCGGCCCCUGGAAAAACCACGAGCACACCAUCCGCAGGCGCCUCAACAACUACUGCCGCGGCACCGCCUAUGUGAUCACAGGGGUCACCAACUCGGGGCUCCAAAUCCGCCGCCACAACAUCAACCGCCUGGGAAUCCCCACCUACCUCUGGUCAGCCUACUGCUGCAUUGAUUAUGACCACAAUGCACCAUUCUCAGAGCGCUCAAAGUUUCCUGCCUUUGCAGCUAAUGGGCUCAAUGACAGGGAAAACAACAAGGUUCAAGAGAUGACGGUGCCACAGCUGGAGGACUUCCUGAAGAAGGUGACAUAUGUUGGCAGCUCUUUCCAGCUCUUCUAUGAAAACUGUGUGCCUGCUAAUAGUGCGAAUAGUGCCUUGCAUCUGCCUUGAAAUUUAGAUUUAUUAUAGGUUGAUAUUCACACUGGUGUCAACAUUUAAAGGUGCAAUCUGUAGGAAUAUUAGUAAAAAUUGUCUCAUAUUCUCAACAGAAUUUGAAGAAAUAAUAGUUUUGACAUUUAAAAAGUAUACUGUUUGCAUUGUGUUGCAGAGAUACCAAAGUUAGCAUGCUAACUAGCUAGGUCCAACAAUUCUGUGCUUGUGAUGUAAACAGCAACACUCCGCUGCUCUGAGCUCCCAGUCGGGACCACUAGAUGCACGGCUAACUGCGCUAACUAUCUGACUGCAGCUACAGCUAGCAGCUACUCUCGCGAUAUGCUGCCCUGCCCGGUUUUGAGGAUGUAUUCAAUGUGUUGCCGAUUCUUACAUGUUGCACCUUUAACAGAUGAUUAGAAAUGAAUAAUGUCACUCAAAAUUCGAUUUAAAGUACAUUUUGUUGA